CAGGCUACUUAUCAAACACUGUGUCACGUACACAGAAUAUUGCUGUAGUACAUUUGAAGAAAAAGCGAACGGAACAUGUUCGAAGAACACAGAAUGUCUUCUGUUGAAACACCGGUUGAAUCGGACCACGAAGCGUCGCUACCCGUUCUACUUAAAGAGCGAACUCCAAUUGGCAGUAUGUCUCACUUUCCUGUGAUUUUAUUUGACGUAGAAGAACUUUAGUUUAAUCACUCAGAAACUUGUUUGAGAUUUAUUUCUCUUUGUAGAAAGAAAGCCAGGAUGUGAUGGAAGUAACGGUAAGCUUUUUCGAGCUUACAUUCAAAGCGAAGAUGGAACGGCCGUUUAUCAAUAUUUGCACCUGACCGGCAAUCCAGGAGGAAAACCAAAACCCUCCUCAGCACCGAAAAAGAGAGAAAUUUUGAAAGGGUUCUACAACUACGAUGUUCCAGUAGCCAUCGUAAAGACGAUGCUGAUCCCCAGCCAACUGUCUGAGAAACACCAACAGCAGAAGAAAGAAAUUGAACGGGAGUUUCGAAUAUUGAAAGAACUAGAAGUCCACGAAAAUUUUAUCCGCUAUUACUCUCAAGAAAUAGAUAAGGACUUUGUACUGGGAAGCACCGGAAAGCACGGAUACGACAAAAGAUCUCAGUACAAAAUUGGAUGUCUUCAUUCUCGGCUGUUUCUAUCAUUACGUCCUAACCGCGCGAACGGACAACAAAACACCCAGACAUCCAUUCGGCGACAAUGACACUCAGCGCCGGGUCCACAUGCGAUCUUCAAUUUAUUCAGUCUACAAAGAAGACCAUAAGUUCGUUCUCAAUGAUCAGAACGAGGACUUGGCAAAGCUUAUAAAGUCGAUGUUGAAGUUUGAAGAGAGCGCACGUCCAACGUUACAAGAAGUCCUUGACAAUCCUUAUUACAACCCUUCCAAUGAUGAUGAUGUUUAUGCGCUAGACGAUUAUAAGAUACCUGGCCUUUGUGUUAUCUUUAACCAGCAGGUUUUUCAAGAUAAAAAACAGAACCGCGGAGGGAGCGACAAGGACCGAGAUGCGUUACAGAAGACGUUUAAAAAAUUGGGUUUCGAAACCAGAGUUUUUGAAAAUGUUGCAUCGUUUGAUUUGGAAUCCGAAAUCAAAAAUCUGGCCAAAAGAGAUUGGGAGGAUUAUGGUUGCCUUGUUGUGUGUCUUUUGUCUCAUGGAGUCGAGAACGCAAUCAUGUGUUACGACGGCAAAUUCGCUAAUAUUAAUGAACUCAAGUACGAGUUCUCUUUAAAUAAUUGCCCCAGCCUGUACCGCAAACCGAAAAUUUUCAUCGUCCAGGCUUGCCAGGUGCCACUGAAUGACAACGACCUCUUUUCCCACAUUUGCAAUACCAUUUCAUUUGCUUUCGGUAGGUGGCAAUCCCCUUCCACAGUCAAAUGGCCAAAAAAGAAAAUUAAUGCCACCCAUGAAAUCAAAAUGAUACAAGACGCUAGGAAGAAUCCUCCACUAAUGGAUUUCAUAACAAUCAAGGCAGCUCUGGCCGGCUUCGAAGCUUAUCAAAUCAAGGAAAUAAAGAAAACUUUCGAGGAAUACUGAUAAAUGCCUCGUCAAGGAAGCCUGAAACAGGGUAACACGGGAAUCAUUGCUCACGGCAAUUCAUCGUCCGCCAUUUCGCGCUUAUGGUGCUAUUUUCCGUAUGUAACUUAACUUCUCAGAUUUUCAACAGUUCCUUAGUAUCCAUCUAGCAAAAAAAUUGUUUUUUUCUUCAUUCUUAUCAUCCCGAUCCGUUAGGAACGUCUAUCGCGUAUCUAAUCUCAUUCUUCCUCGUGAAAGCAUCAUUGCUUUAUGAUAUCUCCAGUGGCGCAGUUGGUUAGCGCAAGGUACUUAUAUGACAGUAACUUAUUGUGACUAAAGAACGAAGUAAUGCCGAGGUCGCGAGUUCGAGCCUCGCCUGGAGAAAGCACUUUUAAAUGAAAUGAUUAGUAACAUCAGCUAUUUGCUGGAAAUCAUAAUAGCAAUUAGGAUAUGCUACUCUAUUCCAA